AUGAUUGCAACCAAUGAAGUGCCCAUAUCGACGAUUUUCCCCAAUCCAUCUUCGAUUUUCUUUUCCGACGCUGGCAGCCGGUGGUCGUCUCCGCCUUCCCGAGACGAUCAUGCAAUUUUGCACACGUAUUUAAUUCUUUCCUUAUCAAAAUCUGUGAUAUUUUAUUUGUUUCCUUGUGCGUAUGUUUUUCUUCAACGCCAAGAGUCGCAGCUGCUCUGCCUCUUCUCGGUUUUUCUUCUUCCCGAGUGUUGCAGCUGCUACCUCUGCCUCGCCACUGCCAUCUGCGCCUGCACCUCUGCCUCGCCACCGGCCACCAGCUUCCCGGUCUCCGUCUUCGCUCUCAUCCCGCCUCAGUCGCCGAUCGUGAGCCGCCUCCGUCUUCACCACUGUCCAGUCACAGCCUCGCCUCAGGUUGAGGAUAUUCCAAAGCGUAUGGGGAUGUGUUUGCAGGUCGUAGAUAAUUGCAUGUUGAGCCUAUACUUCUCGGAUUAGAUGUGAUUAUAUUACCUACGCUGUUCUGUGCAUUGGUGUUGGAUGGUGUGUGCAAAUUACUAGGUGAUGUGUGACAUUGUUGUGCAAUAAUAUUUUUAAUGUACUGAAAAUAUUGUUUGGGUAUUAGAUGUGUGCGUCAUAGUGGCAGAGUGUGUGCGUUACAUUUAUCAGCUGCUUAAUUUUAUUCGAUUUUUAAUU